AUGCUGCACGAACUGUUCCUGCUCCUCUCCGGGCACACCUCCCCCAUCCUGACGCCCAACGGCCUCCCCCCGGACUUUCCCCUCGUCUCGCCGUCAGAAAGAGCAAUCCUAACCUCCCUCUCCUCACUAGGCCACCUACACAUCGCCCUGCGCACCUCCUGCACCAAGAUCACCACCACGCACCCGAGCACCAUCGCCCGCGCCGUCGCCAGCGGCAUCGAGACGCACCACCUCCACGCCUUCCGCACGCAGAUCCUGACCGUCGAGCGCAGCAUCCUCGCGCACCACAACACAUCCGGCACAUACGACAUUGUCUCGCUGGCCAAGGUGCUGGGUGGCUUCGAGGGGUGGGAGCGCACACUGGGCUAUCUACAUGGCUUGACGACGGCGGUGCUGGCGAAGCGCCUCAAUGGCGCGAACAUCAUUGACCGCCUGAGGGCCGACAUCCACACGGGCUUUCCGGCGCUGGAGGCCGUGGCCCUGCACCUGCUGAAGGUGGCCGAGACGGCGUGGCUGCGCGAGGUGGCGUCGUGGGUUCUGUACGGGCGCCUACCGACGAGCGCCUGGGGCGCCGGCGCCGACUUCUUCAUCGCCGAGAGCGACGUCGGGGCUCCUGCCACCGACGGCGAGGAUGACAGCGCCAGCGGCGCCCUAAAAGAGUACACCCUCAAGCCCACACACCUGCCCAGCUUCCUCCUCGCCGAGACGGCAACCUCAAUCCUCUUCAUCGGCCGCGCCCUCUCCAUCAUCCGCCUGCGCGGCACCACCGCCGACACCACCUCCGCCGCCACCCCCUCCCCCGAGAUGUCCCUCCUCCCCAGCCACCUCGCGCACCUGCGCGCCCUGUCCUCCCCGCUCAACCCACACACGCUGCACACCUCCAUCGCCGCCAUCCGCCUCUCGCUCAGCCGGCACACCCUCCAAACCCUCCUCCCCGCAGCGCGCAUCAUCGACAUCGUCCACGUGCUGCGCGAGUUCUUCCUGCUCGGCCGCGGCGAGUUCGCCGUGGCGCUGAUCCACCAGAGCAGCGAGGGCGUGCGCAACCGGUGGCGGCGCGCGGCCGCGCCAGCGCCCAGCAUGGUGGUCAAAGAGGGCGAGGUGUCCGCGAUCUUGACGCGCACGUGGGGGGUGCUCGCGGGGCUGGUGGGCGAGGAGGCGGUCGACGAGCGGCUGGACACAGCGCGCGACCUGCUGUAUCUUUCGCUUGCUGCUGCCGGCGGCAGCAGCGGUACCGCAGACAGCUUCAAGAGCCAUCUUGUGGGCGUGGGGGUGGCGCUGAACUUCCACUUGACAUGGCCGCUGGAGCUGUUUCUGCAGGCGGGGGACCUCGAGGUGUAUGACGGACUGUUUGCGUAUCUUGUUUCUGUGCGCAAGACGCAGCUGCGGCUGCAGGGGCUGUGGCGGAGCCGGCGGCCGGUGCGGGCCGGUGGCGCGCUGCGCGGGGCGCUGAAGCGGCGGGAGAGGGCAGAGAGGGGGGUGUGGGCCACGGCGAGCCUGGCGGUGUUCUUCCUGGAGACCGUGGUGGAGUAUUGGCAGGGCGAGGUGAUCGCAGGGGAGUUUGGGCGGCUGUUGGUGGUGCUUGGGGACGGCGUUGAGGACGGGCCUGCGGCCGGUGCGGAGGACGGGGAGGAUGAUGAUGUCGAGAUGGCGGAACACGACAUCUGGAUGGACAGUGGCAGCGCGGCGGAGAAAGAAACCACCCAUGACCAUAACCCCGGAACUGAACCUAAGAAGCAGCAGGACCCCGAGUCCCUCAUGCGCGCGCACCAACUCUACCUCACGCGCCUGCGCCGCGGGCUCUUCCUCGCCGACGGCGUCUUUGCGCCGCUCCUAAAGCGCUUCCUCAUCGCAUCCGACGGGCUUGCGUCGGCCAUCGAGGCGCUGCUACGACGGCACGAGAGCGCGGACCUGAAGCGCGAGGCGGAGGGCGAGGGCGCAGAGGGCUUCGCGGUGAGGCUGUGCGGCGACGUGAGGGCGCUCUUGGGGCGGCUGGUGGGGCGGCUGCAGACGAUGGAUGAAGAAAGGGAUUUUAUCGCCGGGGCGGAGGAGGAGGCGGAGAGGGAGGGGGGCAAGAUUGAUAGGCUGCUGAUGAGGCUUGAUUUGGGGAAUCUGGUGGGGGAUGUUUAG